AUGUCCAUCGAUUUAUCGCUCGACCGCCUCAAAUCUCUCUUACCAUUCCUCCCAUACACCCGCCCAACGCUGCACAUCGCUGGCACCAAUGGCAAAGGCAGUGUCUCCGCCCUGCUCACAUCUAUUCUCCUCACAUCUUCCUCCCCGCUCCGUAUCGGGCGAUUCAACAGCCCCCAUCUCGUCUCUGUACUCGACAGUAUCACCAUAGAUGAUGUUGCUAUCGAUAUCAAGGUCUACACAGAGACACGGACGGACGUCGAGGCGCACGACCGCGAACAGGGCACCCGACUGACUUCCUUCGAGCUCCUUGCGAUGACAGCGCUGCGCAUUUUUGAAACUGCCCACGUCGAUGUGGUCGUUCUGGAAGUCGGCAUGGGCGGGCUCCGUGAUGCGACAAACAUCGUGCCUACUGCGUGUAUUCGUGCGUCGGCCCUCGCCGCGGUCGAUCUUGACCACCAGGCAUUUUUGGGCGAUACAGUUGCACUCAUUGCUCGGGAGAAGGCUGGAAUUGCACGUAAUGGGAGACCAUUUAUCUUGGGACGGCAGCAGCAUGGAGAGGUCCAAGGCGUUGUGGAAGAGGUCGUGCGUGAGGCUGGGGGGACGUUGCUGAGAAGCGUUGACGUGUCAACCGUCGAUUCAGGUACAUGGUCGCCGUUUAACGAUGCCUCAAAGACAGGGCCGCCACCACGCAUUGUCAAAUUUCAAUUACAAGCUUUCCCUGAGGCAAUCGAAGCCCAGUUCCCACUUCAAGGCGCGCACCAGCUCGACAACCUAGGCACUGCGCUUGGUGUCAUCGAUGCUCUCCUCACAUUUAACUACCCCGAUACAGAUGUGCUUAGGCUCCGAGAACGCAUCACACCAGCGUCCAUAUCUGCAGGUAUCGCAAAAGUCAAAUGGCGCGGUCGACUCUCGUUCCACUCUAUCUCUGUCCCAGGGCCUUCACCUCUCGACCUCCUCGUGCUCGCAGACGGCGCACACAACCCCGCAUCAGCCAAAACUCUGGGUGAAUACAUUACCUCUCUCCUCGAAAAUACCACUACAACUCCAAUCCACAUAACAUACAUCCUCAGUCUCUCUCAUUCGCCUCCCAAAACACCUCUGCAAACGCUCUCGCCCAUCUUGCCACCGUUUCCUGGGACAUCAAGUUUAGUGCCACAUAUAUCUGUUGCGCUGCUCCCGUUCUCCCCGCCGGAAGGCAUGCCAUGGGUCAAACCUGUAGCCCUCUCGACGAUGCGUGAGACUGUGCAGGCGCUUGUUCCAGAGCUGGGCGAGGGUGAUGUGUGGUUGUCAUCGGAAAAUGAAGGGUUGAAGCGCGCGCUAGAAUGGGCAGCUGAGAAACAAGCAAAGCGCGGUGGAGAGGGAUUGGUGGUGCUCGCUGGCAGUUUGUACCUCGUCGCAGAUUUUUACAGAUUGUUGGAACACGGCUCUUCACUGUUGACCCCAGCAUAUAUAGAGGGGCCUUGUGAUGCGGUACGGAAACAUAUGCUAUCCUCGACAAACCAGAUUGUCACCUUGUGUGUCUGUACUUUACAAGUGACUCGCGCACUCGCAUCUCUCACUAGCAAAUCUGCAUUCCAACGCGCAGAUGACAAUGACACUGUCGUCUACACGCCUUCUGGACCUUUAUCAAAGUCGAAGACACACCAGGUCACUCCAGGCGCACAUAUAGAACAUCUCAAUUCCACCAUAACCGUCGUAUCAGCGGAUGGUAUUACAGUAAAUCAUUUGGUCCCAUUUAAUCAAGCAACCUCGAACCGGAACGGUCUCUUAAACCGAUUACUUACAGACGAUAAUGAGGGUAUCUCCGAUGGCUACGCAGCCUAUUUUUUCUGGAGCAACACCAUGCCCGACGCCACACCUCUCGCUCUCUUCACUACCACAUGGACAGUCCCUCCAUCACCUGCGAUGACCAAUACGUCGCACCUUCAAACUAUUUUUCUGUUCAACGCGCUUCAGCCUGCAGUGGCAGGCGUUUCGCGCAUCCUUCAGCCGGUGCUGCAGUACGGCACGAGCGCGGCGGGUGGAGGCGCGUUCUGGUCCGUCGCGUCGUGGUACGUCGCCAAUGGCACGUCCUUCUUCACGCCACUGGUGCGCGUCGAGUCGGGGCAAGUGCUGGAGGGAAUUCUUACGCUGGAUAGAGUCAAUUCUCCAUCUUCAGCGGGCGACAAGGUCUACAGCUACACCUCCCUAUUCGCAGGCAUCCCGUCGUCUGCCCUGAGUAUCUCGUCGCCUGACCCACUCUCAUCUGCCUGGGAGGUGCUCGAGAUAUAUAACGUCACACGGGCGGUAGAACUCCCGCAAGGACGAACACAGAUGCAUGGGAUCCAGGUUAUAGAUAACAACGGUCGGCGGCCGGAUUUGCACUGGGUGGCGAAUGUUGGCGAGGGUGGAUUUGGGGCCCAGGUGGUUGUAGAUGGUGCAAGCAAUGGGGAGGUCGAUAUUGUUUAUCCCCUCCAGUAA